AUGAAAAAGCUCGCCAGGAGGCAGCAGCAGCAGCAGCAGGAUCAGCAAAACACACAGCGCCUGAGCUCAGCCCAGACGAAUGGUGGUGGCAGCGGGGGGCUGGAGGGGAUGCUGAACCCCUACACCACUCUGCCCCCACCCCAGCAGCUGCUGGGCAUGGAGCAAAGUGUCUACAGCUCCGACCCUUUCCGGCAAGGGCUCACCCCACCGCAGAUGCCCGGAGACCACAUGCACCCCUAUGGUGCCGAGCCCCUCUUCCAUGACUUGGAUAGCGACGAUACCUCACUGAGCAACCUGGGUGACUGCUUCCUGGCCACAGCGGAUGCGGGGCCACUCCAGGCGCGAGUGGGGAACCCCAUCGACCACCUCUACUCCAUGCAGAACUCCUACUUCACCUCCUGA